GUGCCCAAGGGAGGAGUUUUGCUCUAUCCUGUGCACAGUGGUCUCUCUGGCUUUUCCUGACACUGUCCUCAGCCCUGUCUGAGUGCACCAACAUCUGAUAGCAUCAUUAAGGUGGAAGGACACAAUGUAUGGAGGAGACCAGGAGCCAGGCCGUUACUAUGUGGGUAUUGAUGUUGGAACAGGCAGUGUUCGCGCGGCUCUAGUGGACCAAACAGGAAUCCUUUUGGCUUUUGCAGAACAGCCAAUUAAAAUGUGGGAACCUCAGUUCAACUACCAUGAGCAGUCUUCUGAGGACAUCUGGGCAGCAUGCUGUGUUGUCACAAAGAAAGUUGUACAAGGAAUUAAUUUAAACCGAAUCCGAGGACUUGGGUUUGAUGCCACAUGUUCUCUGGUUGUCUUGGAUAAGCAGUUUCAUCCUUUACCAGUAAACCGUGAAGGGGAUUCCUGUCGAAAUAUCAUCAUGUGGCUGGACCAUCGAGCUGUCAGCCAGGCCCACAGGAUCAAUGAGACCAAGCACAGUGUCCUCCAGUAUGUGGGUGGUGUGAUGUCCGUGGAGAUGCAGGCUCCAAAGCUCCUGUGGUUAAAGGAGAACUUGAGAGAGACUUGCUGGGAUAAGGCGGGACAUUUCUUUGAUCUCCCAGACUUCUUAUCAUGGAAGGCCACAGGUGUCACAGCACGGUCUCUCUGCUCUCUGGUGUGCAAGUGGACAUACUCUGCAAAGAAAGGCUGGGAUGACAGCUUUUGGAAGAUGAUUGGUUUGGAAGACAUCAUUGCUGAUAAUUACAACAAAAUAGGAAAUGUAGUGAUGCCUCCCGGAACUUCUCUUGGAAGUGGGCUCACAGCAGAGGCAGCUAAAGACCUGGGUCUUCCUGCAGGGAUUGCAGUGGCAGCCUCCCUCAUUGAUGCCCAUGCAGGAGGACUAGGAAUGAUUGGUGCAGAUGUGAAAGGUCAUGGCCUCACCUGUGAGGGGCAGCCGAUAACAUCGCGGCUGGCUGUCAUCUGUGGCACUUCAUCUUGUCACAUGGGGAUCAGCAAAGAUCCAGUUUUUGUACCAGGUGUCUGGGGGCCAUAUUUCUCAGCCAUGGUACCUGGCUUCUGGCUGAAUGAAGGUGGUCAGAGUGUUACUGGGAAAUUGAUAGACCAUAUGGUGCAGGGUCAUGCUGCCUUUGCUGAACUGCAAGCCAAAGCCACAGCAAGAUGCCAGAGCAUAUAUGCAUAUUUGAACAGUCACCUGGAUCUGAUUAAGAAAGCUCAGCCUGUGGGUUUCCUCACUGUUGAUUUACAUGUUUGGCCAGAUUUCCAUGGCAACCGCUCACCCUUAGCGGAUUUGACACUAAAGGGCAUGGUCACUGGAUUGACACUGUCUCAGGACCUCGAUGAUCUUGCCAUCCUUUACCUGGCCACUGUACAAGCCAUUGCUUUCGGGACCCGCUUCAUUAUGGAGGCCAUGAAGGCAGCAGGACACUCUCUCAGUACUCUCUUCCUGUGUGGAGGCCUGAGCAAGAAUCCCCUUUUCGUGCAGAUGCAUGCAGACAUUACUGGUGUGCCUGUGGUCCUGUCGCAAGAGGUGGAGUCCGUCCUUGUGGGUGCUGCUAUUCUGGGUGCCUGUGCCUCUGGGGAUUUUACUUCUGUACAGGAGGCAAUGGCAAAAAUGAGCAAAGUUGGGAAAGUUGUGUUCCCGAGACAUGAGGAUAAAAGAUAUUAUGACAAGAAGUAUCAAGUAUUUCUGAAGCUGGUUGAACACCAGAAGGAAUAUUCAAAGAUCAUGAGUGGAGAAUGAACAGCAUUGUCAAAAGAGUCUGUGUCCUUGAACGAAAGACCUCUGCCUUUUCCUCUGUCAUCAAGACCUUUAGGUCUCAUUUCAUCACUUCUGUAUUACCUUCUAAUAAAAACAUUUAGACAUGUG